AGCGCUGUACUUAGAGACUGGUUAGAAAAGCAUAUAGACUAUCCAUACCCAACCCCGGCUGAAAAGAUUCAACUGGCUAACCAAAUUGGCUGUACUCUUCAACGUUUACAAACAUGGUUUACCAACAAUAGAAGAAGAAGCAACCCAAAAUGUAUUCUGAAUUCGGAAAAUGUUGCAUUCAUUAAAAAGGAAGGUUUGACCCAACUACGAAAAACAAGAUGCAGAAAACAAAAGGAACCAAAAGAACCAAAAGAUUUAAAAGUUAAAAAAUCAAAAACAACAAAUACAUGUAGAACAAAAGUGUUUUCAACUAAAGAAUCAAACUCUGCAAAUCUAGGCUUGGUUACCCCAAUAUACAGAUGCUAA